AUGCCAGAAUUUUCUUACAGUCGUUCGGAAAUAUAUCUGGGUUUUUUUGUUUUUCUUUUCCUGAACGCUCUCGUGCGUUGCAGAGACGGUGGGAAGCUUUGGAUCACCGCCGGGGACUCCGCGUUACGCACGAAGCCGAGCCUUCAGCCGCGCACCAUGAAGGUAACCUUUGGCGCUCUGGUCAUCACUGCCGGGGUCUGCGGCGUUCUCAGCUUCGCCUUUCUGGCGACUUCCCUCGCAACCGAUUAUUGGUACAUCAUAGAGAUGAACUCGAUGAACGCGACCGAGUCUGAGGACAUGAGCUCUCACUCAGGAUUGUGGCGCAUCCACGAAGGAGGGAAGAUUCAUCCUGACUCCAUUGAUUCAUUUGCAGCCGAUUCCUCCAAAUACACUGAGACCGAACUGCGCAUGCUGAACAUGCACAGAGUCAUCGUGGUGAUGCUGCCGCUCAGCCUGGUUCUCCUGUUGUUUGGGGGAAUCUGCGGACUGGUCAGCGCCCUGGCUCGGAGCCCCGUCCUGCUCACCGGCACGGCCUGUUACUUCUUCAUCAGCAGCCUGCUGACUCUUUGCGGUGCGAGUCUCUACAUCGUCUACUCCUACCAAGCGCUGGCGGAGACGAAGCGCCUGGUGGGGCCUGAGGGCCUGGCCUACAUCCACACCUCCUUCGGCUGGUCUCUGGGCCUCGCCUGGCUCUCCUACGGCCUGGAGCUGCUCGCCGGAACUCUGCUGCUCAUAGCCGCACAAAUGGCCAGGAUACGGCAGAGAGGGCCCAGUAAGGCCUGACGCUGCCCGCCACGCCGAUCCCCGAACGUCCCAAACACAAACUGAAGCGACAACGGUGUGGACAACUUGCAUUUUAUUAUUUUAUUUUUUUUCCAGGUGGGGCAAGAAUUUCACUGGGACAGUGACUGAGGUGUGAACAAUUGUGCCCCCUUGUGGUGUGUACUGAGGUCCCUUCUCAUUUUGGAGUUGUUGAUAAUGGUGUUUUAUUUGAGUAUAUAUGUAAAAAGUUAAAUCUGUAAAGUUGUCCACUCUGCAAACCUUCCCUCUGUU